AUGGCCCCGGGCGGGUGGUGGCACCGGCGGGUGAUGGCCCCGGGCGGCGGGCGGGGGCUGGGCCGCCUCCCGCCGAGGGGAGCCCUGCACGCCGGCUCCCGCCCAGCGUCCCGGGCCGCCGCUGGCCGCGGGCCCCGUCUCGGCACAGCCGCCACCACGGGGUUUCUACCUUGGUGAAGGUAUACUGGACAAGUGUUGACUUGAAAGCUGCUUUUAGGAUGUCUGAAGAUGACGAAAAAGUUAGACUCCGUCGAAUUGAACCUGCCAUUCAGAAAUUCAUCAAAGUGGCCAUUCCAACAGAUCUGGAAAGGUUAAGAAAACACCAAAUAAAUAUUGAGAAGUAUCAGAGAUGCAGGCUCUGGGACAGAUUGCACGAAGAGCACAUUAACGCAGGACGAACAGUUCAGCAACUUCGUGCCAAUAUGAGAGAGAUGGAAAAACUGUGUUUGCGAGUCCGACAAGAAGACAUCCCAGUUCUGCAGAGAAUGAUAAAACCUGUGAAAGACGAAGCUUCAUUUGCCAUAAAAGAUUUCCUGCAGCUCCAUUCUGAAUCUGCAGAAGAACUUAAAAGGCAACUUGAAGGACAGGAGGAUGCCUCUUUAACCAGAUCUGCAACUGUAGGAGGAGAAACUUCAUAUAACAUGGAAGUGAAGGAUGGCUCCCAAAGUUUAAUCCAGAUCUACUCCCGCCUUCCUGAAAUACCUCAGGAAGAAAAUGCAGCUGAGUCCUGGGAAAAUUUAGAAGAGGACUUGAUUCAGCUUAGCCAGUUGGUGACUGAUUUUUCUGUCUUAGUCAGCUCUCAGCAGGAGAAGAUUGACAGGAUUGAAGACCAUGUCAACAGUGCUGCUGUGAAUGUUAAAGAGGGAACCAAAAACUUGGGAAAGGCUGCAAAAUACAAGCUGGCAGCCCUUCCUGUGGCAGGUGCAGUCAUUGGUGGAGUGGUGGGGGGUCCUAUUGGUCUCCUCGCAGGCUUCAAAGUAGCAGGAAUUGCAGCUGCACUUGGUGGUGGGAUUUUGGGUUUCACAGGUGGAAAAUUAAUACAAAGAAGAAAAAAAAAAAUGAUCGAGCAGGUCUGUUCUAGCUGUCCAGAGCUUUCUCACCAAAGUGCCAAAAAAUCCAGCUGAAGUAUAAAUUCAUUAUGACUAGGAACAAAAGCGUAGUAGCUGCGCUAAUGACAGACACGCAGCCUUAUGCUUUAAAUACAAGGCUGAGCUGUGUGAAUUUUGAUAAGUGCUGUUACUUGGGAGGGGUCAAACAGUUAUGUCAGAAUUUCUGUCUUCAGAUGUGGUGACAUCAGUCCUUUAGAAAUUGUACGGGUGACUUUUAUUAUGAAAAUUCUUAGGUGUGUUAUAUGCACAGCUGUUAAGAUGGGUGACAGGUGCUUCAUGCCAAAUUUGCACAAAGUGUCUUGCAGACAAUACAACGAGAGGUACCUGGAGAACCCUAGUGCUUUCCCAUGAAUGCCACCCAGAAGCUGGAGCUUUUAUUAUAGUGCUCCAAAGAAAAGGAGAUAUGCUCCGCGUGCCUUUCAUGGUCAUAGUACUUUCAUUUAUCUGGAUUCCCAAACUGCCCCUGUGUGUACCCCCAGGGUAUGACUGGCUAUGCCUGUUCAGUAACGCACAGGGAAGCAUUAGCUGCUGUAAGAGGUGAAAAUGGUGGGGACUAAUAUGGAAAAACCCCCUACGUGUAUCCCAUAUCUGCCUCCAUCAGCCAGAUCAGAACAGCAUCAUAAGCAGCUUUUCCCCUUUUUCAGGUACCUUUUUUUUUUAUUUUAAAUUUGUGAACGUCUUGCUCAAAGCGUAGUUAAGAAUUCAACAGUUUAAGCAGCAACCCCGCAGGAAUGCUAGUGGAGAUUAAUAAUUUUCCACGGCUGUUCAACUACUUGGCUUGUCCUGAGAACCAUACAGGUGACGUGCUGGGCUCUAUCUAGCCUUUCGAACCUGAAGCCUCAGCUUAAGCAGUGCUUGCUGAUAGAUAUUGCCUUGGCCUUUGCUCUCCAGCAACAGUGCUGUGGUGGGAGAGCUCUAUAGCUUCCCUGGAAGGCAGUGCUGCAGUGAGGCCCACUCUCUCAAUAGUCUUUUUUUAUCCCUCAAGGGUGGCAUUUAGGCACCAGGUCAAAGGACGGUGAAGCAGCGGUGCAAUGGUGCCAGUGUCAGCUGACAUCCCCAGAUGGUGGGGCUGUUUUGAAAAUGUCAACCUGAUACUGUUUAGAGUAAGUAAACCAGGCUUGCCUGGGUCAGCUGCACACCUCUUGCGUGCCGUUCCAUUCCAAAACUUCCGCUUCCACUCACACUUCCACCAGCCACUGAUAGCGUCUCAGCUUUUUCAAGAUUUUGGGACAUGCAGUGGAGCCUGUGUGGGGUGAGAUACUGUUAGUGCUUUUGCUAGCUUUUUAGAGCAGAUGCCUGUUACUCUUACCAUCCUUAUUUUACUGCUUAAGAAGCCUUUUGCUUCUGAAACUCCCAUUGUUAAAUACAGAAGGGUUAAUGUGUUUUUACUGUCACAGUUGUAAUCCGCUGAUCAGCCCCUAGUCCUACCUCCAUCCUUCCAGGACAGUUCCCACACUACUGCUGCUACUGUUUGGGGGAACAGGAGCUGAGGUUGGGAGGCUGCUUUUUAAAGUUUUUAGAUUGUUCAAUUCAUCCUGAGCUCUGCUUGAGUCUGAUUUUAUUAGGUGAACACUGAAGUCAGUGUUCAGUUACAAGGCUCCCUAGCAGGGAACGCUGUAUAAGGAAGCAUACUAUAGAAGAGGAAGCAUACUAUAGAAGAGCUCCCUUUUCGUAACCAGUACUUUGAUACCAUCAUUGGAAAUAACUGUCUGCUAAUGACAGAUGAUAGGGCUUUCUGCCUAGAGGCACUGUAAGCAACUGUUAGUUACAGCACAAGCAUCUUUUUCUGAACGGUUCUUCCUAUUACUUUUAAAAUAUGAUUGAAAUCGGUAUCUGUCAGAGCAUUGUGUCUACUUCAGGUAGGUCUGAGGCUCAGGGAAGCAACACAUGCGAGAAUAGUUUUCACAAGAAAUCACAAACAUUGUCAAAAAUCCAUGUGUUAAAGCCACAAUGCCUACAUCUGUAAAAUCUGCUGGAGUGGAAAACUUGACCUAAGUAAUUCAGCUCCUUUGCUCCAGUCAGGCGAAAAGCAGGUUUUUUUAAAUGCAUCUACGAGCUUGUAAUAACUUCACACUAAGGCUAUUCAUUCCUUUGAUAUGUAAUUUGUACAUUUAAAGGAAGAAAAAAAAAAAGUGUUCUUAAUCAGAAACUGUGAUUGAUUCUUUGUAUGAUUUUUCUUUGUAUGAUUUUAAAAACCUGUCUGCUUUCCUACUGUAUGCUUCAGAAUCACGUGUGUUUAAAUGACAGCAGCCACAUCAGAGACAUUGCAGACUCCACCCUCUCCCUCUGGACUAAUGCCAGGACAAUCUAAAUUCAUAAAACUGAAUUCCGGCUGCAGCUUAUACGAAUUCAGCUUAGUAUGCACUCAUUAUAUGAAAUGUCUAGCACAAAAAACUAUUCUUCCUCCUUGUGUCUUUAAGGAAGCAAUUUCAAAACGUGGUGUAUGCACUAGACUUGGCAGAGUAUUAUUUAAGCUAUGAUUUUUUUUUAAAUAGGUGGUUUAUUUACAUAUGUGAAGAAACAUGGGCAUCUGAAUAACCAAACUAGCAUUUAAAUUGCUAGGCACGUGAGUCAGAAGCAAUGUGAGAUAAAAUAAUUCUUUCAGACCAAAUACAACUUUUUGCCUAUGAGAUUGGUUGUAGCAUUUACUGAGAACGUCGGACUUUAUUUCUUUUCAGCAGCUAAAAGAUUAAUCCCUCACAAAUUUUAUAUUGUUAAAAAAACUGCAUUAACAAGA